ACAAAAGAUCCAUUACGAAGGCAGAGAAAAAAAGUUAUUCAUCCAACAAGAAAGAAAAAAAAAGAGAAGGUAUUGUAUUUGCUGACAUGGCAAAGAGCAAAGACGUUUCGUUACUAGACCGGUUCAGACAAGCCGUGAAUAAAGUGAAGUUCGUGUUAAGUUUCAAGAUAAACAGCCUAUGGAGUCUCGUACCGAUGCUUGGCUCUUCCUCUUCUUCCUCGUCUCUUCGGUUAAGUUUCAACGAGAGACCCGGUUUAGCAGCGGCUUAUACAGAGAGUGAACUGUGCUCAAACGGUUCUUCAAGGGGAGCGUUGUAUAGAGCCGGGAGUUAUGAUCCAUCUUCGGACGAAGACAUAGACAGCAAAGCUGAGAUGUUCAUAGCUAAUUUCUACAAGCAGCUUCAGAUCGAGAGACAAAUCUCUUUGGAACUUAAAUAUUGUUUGGGUAAUAAUCAGAGUUUCAACUACAGGUCACCUUAAUUUUCCUUUUCUUUUUUUUUAUUCAUUCGUUCGUAUGUGUUGUAAUAAUAACAAGAUCCUAUAAUUUUGAUUGGGUCUUAGUUGACGAUGGCCUGCUAUAUCUUUUAAUUUUAUAGUGGUAGGCUUAUCACAUUUGUUCAUUUACAUUUUAUAAUUUACCAAUGUAUAGUGAGCUCAUGAGAGAAAAAUGUGAUAAUAUAUGUAAUGUCAUUUUAUCGAUUCGAGUAUUGAAAGGUUUUGUUGC